AUGAAGAUUACACAGAAGCUUCAGCAGGCACAAGAGGACUCUAGUGCUCCUGCCACAUUCUCAUUCGAGUUCUUUACACCUAAGACUUCGCAGGGUGUGCAGAACUUAUAUGAUCGAAUGGACAGAAUGUAUGAUCUUAACCCAUUAUUUAUUGACAUCACCUGGAAUGCUGGUGGUCGGUUGGGAACCUUGACCACUGAAAUGGUUAAUGUUACAACUACUGUUCUUGGUUUAGAAACGUGUAUGCAUCUUACGUGUACAAGCAUGAAGCUGGAGACCAUUAACCAGGCCUUGGAUUCUGCUUUUGACUGCGGUUGCCAGAAUAUUCUUGCACUUCGUGGUGAUGCUCCCUUAGAUGGAUCGGAAUUUACAGGUGUUUUCCAUUAUGCCAAGGAUUUGAUUCGCCAUAUCAAGUCCCGUUACGGUGACCAUUUUUGCAUUGGCGUUGCUGGUUAUCCUGAAGGACACCCUGAAGAAAGGGACGUAGACAAGAAUAUUCAAUAUUUGAAGCAAAAGCAGGACGCUGGAGGUGACUUUAUUGUGACUCAGAUGCUUUAUGACGUCGAUCUAUUUAUUGACUGGUGCAAAAAGUGUCGUGUCGCUGGAAUUACUAUACCUAUUAUUCCUGGAAUCAUGCCUAUAUCUACAUAUGAUGGCUUUAUCCGCCGUGCAAAAUGGUGCGAAAUACAUCUUCCUGAUCACUUUUUGAAAAGAUUAGAGCCUAUAAAGGACGAUGAUUCUAUGGUCCGUGAGGAAGGUGCUAAAUUAGUUGCCGAGAUGUGCGAGAUGCUGCUAGAAUCUGGAUAUAUCAAGCAUCUUCACUUUUACACUAUGAAUUUGGAGAAGUCUUGUGUUAUGGUGUUGAGGCAUCUUGGCUUAGUUUCCAAGCAACAGCUUGUUGGUAUGGAUACUAAACCGUGGAGACGCUCGUUAAAUCCUAACAGAUCCCUGGAAUCAGUACGUCCAAUCUUUUGGCAGAACAGAAAGUUUAGUUAUAUCGAGAGGACUUCCAACUGGGAUGAAUUCCCUAACGGCCGUUGGGGUGACUCUAGGUCUCCGGCCUUUGGAUCUAUAGAACUAUCCGGUCACCAAUUGAUUCGUCAUACUCGUGAGAAGGCAUUAUCUUUGUGGGGAUUUCCUACUGGUAUAAAAGCUAUAACCGACCUUACUGUCAAAUAUUUGAGUGGUGACAUCAACUGUUUACCAUGGUCUGACAGUAAGAUUAGUCAUGAGAUUGACCCCAUCAAGUCGGACUUGUUAGAUUUGAACCGUCGUGGUGUACUCACUGUUAAUUGUCAGCCUUCCAUCAACUGUUGUCCGUCAUCCAAUAAAGUUCACGGAUGGGGUCCUGGUAAUGGCUACGUCUAUCAGAAACAGUACCUCGAGUUUCUAAUUCCAACUGCGAAGCUGGACUCGCUGGUCCAGGAGAUUAACGCUAUCAACAACGAAGCAGAAUACCAUGUCUUGACUUAUUAUGCUAUUGAUGAAGAUGGUGAUUUUGACUCCAAUGCUAAAAGUGCAAGCACUAUCAAUGCUGUCACUUGGGGUUGCUUCCCUGGAAAAGGGGUCGCACAGCCUACCAUUGUGGAGAAGAUCUCCUUUAUUGCCUGGAAAGAUGAAUUCUUCAGCAUUCUAAGAAAAUGGACUUCACUCUUCAAAAAUGAUGAUGAUCUUAAACGCGAUCAGGCUACUACUUUCGUUGAUAGUCUCAUAAAUGAAUUCACUUUGGUCAACAUUGUGGACAAUGAUUACGUCAAUCAGCCAAACACCCGUAUUUUCAAUGUUUUAAAAAAACUAUUCCCUUUGAAGGAGUAG